CCGCAGUGCCGCCCGCGAGCGCUCCGGAGCCGGCGCGGGCUCGUGCGUGGAGGGGCCGGGCGGCCGUAGGCGGGGUCGGCUGGGAAAACGAAACCGAGAGUAACCGACCAGACGCGGCCGGGCUUCGGCGGACCCAGCGCGCGGGGUUACUGGAAGAAGAAAUGGCCAAUGAUCUUCCACGAGGUUUUUACUUGGAAGAACUUAAUAAAUACCGUCAGAUACAUAAUGUAGCACUUACGUAUCGUGAAUUGCCUGUGGAAGAACCUCUAUGUAAGGAAAGCAGGUUUAAAUUUCAAGUUAUAAUAGAUGAGAGAGUAUUUCCAGAAGCCGAAGGUAGAACAAAGAAGGGAGCAAGAAAUGCUGCAGCCAAAUUAGCCAUUGAGAUACUCGCUAAAGAAAAAAAGGCAGUUGGUUUUUUGUCAUCGACGACAACAGAUACUUCAGAAGGACAAUUCCGUGGGAAUUACAUAGGCCUUGUCAAUAGGUUUGCCCAGAAGUCGAAUCUACAUGUAAAUUACGAACAGAGUCAAUUGAGGGAGUUUGGGCGUGAAAGAUUUCACUGUAAAUGCAAAAUUGGGCAGAAAGAAUAUGGUGUUGGUACAGGUUCUACUAAACAGGAAGCAAAACAAGUGGCUGCUAGACUUGCAUUUCUUCAGUUACAAUCACAAGAAAUCCCAAAGAAAAUUGACCCAGUAUCCUCUGGUUCUUUUACUAUUGAGUUUGCUGACUUAGAAAGCAACUCUUCAGUGACAAGCACAUGUGCUUCUGAAUCAUCAUUUGAAAAUGACUUCUCAGCAAAUGCUUCAAAAACAGAUCCUAGCAGUGAUGGUUUAAACGAUUCUUCAUUAUCUGUGAAUGGUCUUGGAGACAAUCAAAAGAAGGUUAAAAGAAAAUUGGCACCUAGAUUUGACCCUCCUGAGUUAAUAGAAAACAAGUAUACUGUGGACUACAGGUUUGCCAAAAAUUUUGAAGAAAUAAAACUAAUUGGUACAGGUGGAUUUGGCCAAGUUUUCAAAGCAAAACAUCGAAUUGAUGGAAAGACUUACGUUAUUAAACGUGUUAAAUAUAAUAACAAGAAGGUAGAGCGUGAAGUACAAGCAUUGGCAGAACUUAAUCACGUGAAUAUUGUUCAUUAUCAUGCUUGUUGGGAUGGAGUUGAUUAUGAUCCUGAGUACAGUGAUGAUGAUACUGAGAAUAGUGAUGCUAAUCCUGAGAACAGCAGAAAAAAGUUAAGACCAAAGACUCAGUGCCUUUUCAUCCAAAUGGAAUUCUGUGAUAAAGGGACAUUGGAGCAAUGGAUUAAUGAAAGAAGAGACAAUAAACCAGAAAAAGCUUUGACUUUGGAAUUGUUUGAGCAAAUAACAACAGGAGUGGAUUAUAUACAUUCCAAGCAGUUAAUUCAUAGAGACCUUAAGCCAAGUAAUAUAUUUUUAGUAGAUACAAAACACAUAAAGAUUGGAGACUUUGGACUUGUAACAUCUCUUAACAAUAGUGAAAAGCGGACAAGUAAUAAAGGAACUUUGCUAUACAUGAGCCCAGAACAGAUUUGUUCACAAGAAUAUGGAAAGGAAGUGGAUAUCUAUGCUUUGGGGCUAAUUCUUGCUGAACUUCUUCACAUAUGUCCCACUGUUUCGGAAAGAAAGAAGAUCUUCAAAGAUCUAAGGAAAGGCAUCUUCUCAAAUCUGUUUGAUGAAAAAGAAGAAGCUCUUAUACAGAAAUUACUUUCAGAAAAUCCCAAGGAACGACCUAACACAUCUAAAAUACUGAAGACCUUAACUGAGUGGAAGAACGUUUUAGAGAUAAAGCAACGAAACACGUAUUAGGGCCCUUCUGAAGAAAAAUGUCAUCAUCUUUUUUUUACUUCAAGAACAUUCUUACAUUUGACUUCGUCCUGGCUCAUCUCUUUAUUCUGAAGAUGGCAAAAAGCUCUCAAAUCAUCUUCUUUAUACCAAUUGUUGAGUUCACUAGUGUU